AUGGAAGAAGAUUUAUAUAAAAAUUUAAAAAUUAAAGGAUUUACUUGUGUUUGUGAAUGUCAAUUUCACCAGAUUAAAAAGUUAGGGAUAAAUGAAAUAAACAUUCCCGAUUUAAAGACCAAGAAAAGAAUAGGAGUAAUAAAAAGGUUAGCAGUAAAGGACAAAAAGAUUGAAGAUAAAAAAAUUAAGCCAAUAGAAAGGUUAGUUGUAGUUCUAGAAAAAUCGGAGAAAAUAAUCAAUAGUUUAGAAGAAAUUGAGAAAAAUUUAGACAUUAUUAAGUUCAUUCAAGGAGAAGAUGAAGAACUUAAUGAAUAUAGAAAAAAAGUUGUAUCGUUAGGAAUAAAGAAUAAAACUAUUUACAUUCUUUUAAACACUAGUUCUACUGGUAAAUCUGCUGGGGUUUCUCUGUUAAUUUCUUUUUAUAGUGCUUAUUAUGGAAUAGGAAUUCCAAAUAAUUUUUCAGCAACUGGUGAAGUUAAUACAGAAGAUGGAACCAUAAAAGGAAUUGGUGGCUUAAAAGAAAAAUUUCUUUGUGCAAUUAGAAACAAAAACAUAGAUAACUUGGUUCUACCACAAGAAAAUUAUGAAGAAGUUCUAGAAAUUUCUAGUGCCUACUCUAAAAGAUUUAUCGGUGUUUCUAAAAAAUUAAAAUUUUAUCCAGCAAGUCAUUGA